AUGGUGGAACCCUCAUCCACCACCGACGAGAACCACUGCGAACCGGAGAAUAGAGACGAUUCCACCUUCAACACCAUGAACAACAACUUCAGCAACAGCAGCCACAACAACUAUGGCAGCAACGCCUUCCUUCAGUCCGUGUCGGAAAUCCACACCCCGCUGAGCAAGCGCGAGACGAACAGCGACAUUCACUACCGACCGUCCGCGUUCGCAUCGUCGCUUCGUGAAACCACGAAUCACAAAUUCCAUCCCGGCAGCGCGGUUCACCACGGGAGCUACGGAACGCCGUUCACGGGAGCGCGAGGCGGGACGCCGUUCACGGGAGCGCGAGGCGGGACGAAGGUGCGCCAGUCGCCGGCGGUGCAGAGGAAGGAGGUGCUCCAGCUGAUGGAGGAGCGGGAUGAAGCGCAACGAGCGGCCAAGGCGAUCUUCGAGGAGAAACGAGAUCUCGAGGCUGUGCACGAGCGGUUACUGGAGGAGUACGAGGAGAAGGAGAUGGAGCUGGAGGAGGCGAUGGCUGCCAGGGACGCGGAGGUCAACCGACGGAAGCAGCUCGAGAACGCCUUGGCUGUGGCGGAGGGGAAGGACGGAGACGGAUGGCGGCGACUGCAGAGGGAGCAGCAGUUGCAGGAACAGGCGCAAGUGGGAGGCGGCGGAGAGGGAGCUGGGCGAGGCGAGGCAGGAGCUGGCUCGCCUGGAGGUGCAGCAGCGACGCCUGCCGCACAUGGAGAAGCAGCUGCAGGUGAGCCUCAUCGCCGGGUAUGCGUUUCCUCCUUCCACUGGGUAUGGGUACCGUCUUUGGCAAGCAAGCGGUCUGAAGCAGGCGUGCACCUCCAGCUCCUCCCGAAGCAGGAGCUGGCUCGCCUGGAGGUGCAGCAGCCGCCGCGCCUGCCGCACAUGGAGAAGCAGCUGCAGAACCUGAAGAGGGAGGUGGAGAGGUGGAGAGGCAAGGCGGAGGAGAUGCAGCGAGAGGCGGAGGAGCAGAGGACGAGAGCCAAGGUGGCAGAGGUCAAGAAGACGACACUUGAAGAGCUGGUGGCUUCCCUCACGAAGGAAGAUAGAGACGAUGGCGACAGUGAGAGCAACGGGGAAGAGGAAGCAGAGGCGGACGAGGCGGAAGAGGAGGCUGAGGAGGAUGAGGAGGAGGAGGAUGAGGAGGGUGAGGAGAAGUGGAAGGAGGAGCAAGUGAAUCAGCAGCUGCAGGCGAUGAAGGAGGCGUAUCAGGAGUUUGAAGGCAUCAGAACCACGUGUGACGAAACAUCUUCUGCGGAAACAGCCUCUAAGGUGCCUCAACAGCAGUGUGAAGGCAUGAACGUGGCCGAUCUUCGACACUCCGCCUCCGCCUCCACCCCCGUCCCCGCCCCGUCCCCAGCCGCGGCGGCUAGGGGUGAACAAGCUGGGUACCAUAUAGACACACCAGGGGAGUGGGGAAGGCUGAGUAUGACGGCAGGAAAGGAGAGUCUGGGAGGGGCUGGGAGUGUGAGCACAACGGGGAGUGUGGGGAGUGUGUUGUACGGACAGAACGAGGAGACGGGGAGGGUGAUCAGCAGCCUGCAGUCGAAGGUGCGCGCGGCGCUGCGCGAGAGGGACGCGGGGAGGGUGGAGUGCGCGCGGCUGGGUGAGAUGGUUGCGGGGCUGCGGAGGGACCUGGCGCGGGCGGAGGAGGCGGGGGGAAAGGCGGGGGCGGAGGCUGCGGAGGCGGAGGCUCUGCUGGUGGAGAGGGAGCAGCGGGCGGCGCAGCUGAUGGCAGCCGAGGGAGCUCGGCUGGAGGGGGAGAAGGAGAAAGCCCUGCUCGCCGCGGACCUCUCGUCCACCAGGGCGGAGGUUUCCCGCCUGGAGAGGAGCAUGGCAGAGUCAGAGAAGCUGUCCAAGCAGUGGCUGUCCUCGCUACAAGCAGAACUCGCUGUGGUUAAAACGGAGGUUGAGCGCAAGGAGCGCAAGCUGGAAGAAGCUACACGCGAGUUGAACGUUAAGUUUAGGGAGUGCGAGAGGAUGGAGAGGGCCUGGGAGAAGCAGCAGGAGGCUUGGAACGGAGAGGCGCAAGAGGCAGCGGUGCAGCUCGUUUCAGCGCGGUUGGACCUGGCUGGUUGCGGUUUUGAGAGGAGUGAGGCCGAGAGGGAGUGGGAGGAGGAGAGGAGGGCGAGGGAGGAGGAGUGGGCGGGCAGGGAGAAGGAGUGGGUUGGGGAGAAGCUGACGUGGAUCAAGGAGCAGCUGACGUGGGCAGCAAAGGAGCGAGAAUGGGCGAAGGAAGCAGAUGAGCAGAGGGAGCACGUGGCAUGGCUUGAAGCGAGCCUGUCCGGGGUAGAGCAGGAGAAGCAGGAGCUUCUGCAGGCUAAGAAAGAGGCGGAGCAGGAGCGAGAGGAGGUGGAGAUGGAGAGGGAGGAAGUGGAGCAGGAGAGGAGGAGACUUGAAGGAGUGGUGGUUGCUCUGCGGGACGAGGGACAGCGGAUGGAGCAGGAGCUGGAGAGGGUGCGGAAGCAGGCGGAGGCGGAGCAGCAGGCAGCACAGCAGGCGAUGCAGGAGUGGGAGCAAAAGAAGCAGCAGUGGGCGGGCUGUGAGGCGCAGAUGGCAGCUCAGGUGGGCAGCUUGGAUGAGGAGAUCACUGGGCUGAAAGUGGCACAAGCAGCGGAGCAGCAGGCGUGGGCGGAGAAGCAGUGCAGGUGGGCGUCUGAGGUAGAGGAAUGGACGCGGAAGGAGCAGCAGUGGGCGGGCUGUGAGGCGCAGAUGGCUGCUCGUGUGAGGUGCUUGGAUGAGGAGAUCACUGGGUUGAGGGAAGCGCGAGCAGCCGAGCAGCAGGCGUGGGCAGAGAAGGAGAGGCAGGAGCAAGGACGAGUAGCCUCUCUGGUGGAGCAGUGGGGGCGGAAGGAGGAGCAGUGGGAGGCUGAGAGGAGGGAGCUGGUCGGCAAGGGAGAGGAGGUGUCUGCUCAGGCUUUGAUUCUGACUGAAGAGUUGGCUUCUGUGAAACAGACAUAUGCGGAGGAGCAGCUGCAGUGGGCGGAAGAGAAGGGGGAGCUCGCAGCUAAGCAUGAGGAGCUGUCUGCGCAGGCUAUGCUUCUGACUGAAGAGUUGGCUGCUGUGAAGCGGGCUUACGCGGGGGAGCAGCAGGAGUGGGCGAUAAAGGGGAAUGAGUGGAGGGCGAGGGAGCAGGAGUGGGAGGUGCUGGAGCAGCAGCAGAGGGUGCGGCUGGGGGAGAUGGAGACCGCGUUGGAGUGUGUUAAGGCGGAGAAGGCUGCUGUGGAGGAGGAGGUUGGAGACGUGAGGCAGGAGAGGGAGGAGCUGACGAGGGCCGUUGAUGCUCUAGAGCGCGAGAAGCAGGAGCUGAUCGCAGCCAUUGAUUCGCUGGAGAAGGAGCGGGCGGCAGAGCGGGAAGAGUGGGGAGAGAAGGAAGAGGAAUGGAAGAAGGAGCAGGAAGUGCAGGAAAGGCGGAUGAGGGAGCUUCAGGGGAUGUUAGAAACGGUGCAACAGGAGAGUGUGCAGCAGAGGAGGGAGUGGGAAGGUAAGGAAGGGAAGUGGCUGGCGAAGGAGCAAGAGUGGCAGGAGAAGGAGCAGGCGUGGCAUUGUAGGGAGGGAAUUCUGGGUGAGGCUCUUGCUGCCGUGGAGGCGGAGCUGUGUGUGGUGAAGGGAGAUGUGGCAGAGAAGCAGCAGGCGAUAGCAGCAGCGGAGCAAGAGUUGUGCCUGGUAAAGGGAGACCUGGCGGCGAAGGAGAAUGCUUGGACGCGCAGGGAGGGUAUCUUGGGAGAGGCUCUUGCUGCCGUGGAGGCAGAGCUGUGUGUGGUGAAGGGAGAUCUGGUAGAGAAGCAGCAGGCGAUAGCAGCAGCGGAGCAAGAGCUGUGCCUGGUAAAGCGAGACCUGGCAGCGAAGGAGCAGACGAUUGCAUGCUGGCAGGAGAAGGAGCAGGCUUGGACUUGCAGGGAGGGCGUUCUGGGUGAAGCCCUUGCAGCAGCGGAGGAGGAGUUGUGUGCGGUGAAGGGAGGUAUGACAGCAAAGGAGCAGCAGUGGGUGGAGAAGGCGGGGGUGAUGGAUGAACAGAUGGCAGCUGUGCAGCAGAAUCUGGCGGCAGCUCAGGCUGACGUGGAGACUGCUGAAGCUAAGCUGGCAGCAGUGAGGAAUGAGCUGGUAGAGAGGGAUCAGGAGCUGGCAGUGACGGAGCAGCGAUGGGCUGAGAAGGAGGCGGCAUGGGAGGUGACGAGAUUAACGUUUGAGGGGAGGGUGACAGAACUCGAAGGGAGCGUUGCUAGCUUGGAAGAAGAGAGGUCAGAAAUGAAGCGUAAGAUGCAAUCCAAGCACGAGCAUUGGGCGGAGAAGGAGCAGCAGCUGCUGCUGGUGCAGCGGCAGCAGGAGGAGUCAGCAGCAGGUGCUUUACGAGCUGCAGAGGCAGCAAAGGAAGAGGCGGAGGUGCAGGGGCAAGCCUGGCUGGGUCGGGCAGAGGAAGCAGAGAAGAGAGAGGAGGGUCUGAGAGAGGAGAUGGAUGGUCUGAUUAAGGAAGCGGCGGCUAGGCACCAGAGAGUAGUGAGGGACUUGACUGAGGCGCGUGGGAAGCUGGAUAGUGUGAAUGCGCGGUUGGAUGCGGUUCUGGGAGAGAGGGAUGGGUUGAAACGGGAGCUGGAGGGCGUGAGGAGGGAGUUUGGGCGGGAGAGGGACGGGUGGGUGAAGGAACGGGCGGGUCUGGAGGAGAAGGUGAGAGGUUCGGAGGAGAAAGUGAGGGGUUUGGAGGAGAAAGUGAGGGGUUUGGAGGAGGAAGUGAGGGGUUCAGAGGAGUCAAACGCGCAGCUGAGAGCAGCGGCAUCCCAGCUGCAGGGGCAGAAGGUGGCAUUGGAAGAGAUGGUGAGGAGCCUGAGGGAUAUUAAUGUGGAGUUAGAGCAGGCGAACGGGCAGCUUAUGGGAGGCAACGUGCAGUUAGAAGCGAGUGUCGGGCAGCUUAGGACGGCCAACGGGCAGCUGAAAGCAGCAGUGGCUCGGCUGGAGGGGGAGAAGGCGGCGGUAGAGGCGGAGAGGGCGGAAGGGGAGGCGGAGUGGGAGGCGGAGAGGGAGGGGAUGGAGAGGGAGAGGGGGAGGUUGGUGGGGGAGAGGGAGAGGCUUUUGGGGGUGAAUGCGCAGCUGAAGGCUGCUGUGGGGAGGUUGGAGAAGGAGAAAGGGGAGGCGGAGUGUGGGAAGGCGGAAGCUGAGGCGGAGUGUGCGGAGCUGAAGGGGGAGAGGGAGGAGCUGCGGGCGCUGGUGGCGCGGUUGGAGGGGGAAAAGGCGGAGGUGGAGAGGAGUAAUGAGGAGCUGAAGAAUGAAGUGUGUGUACUUAAGGAGGCUGUGAGUGGGCUGGAAGCGGUCAGAGAUGGGUUGGAGGAGGAGAAGAGGGAGGUGGAGAGGCGGAACGAGGAGGUGCUAGGAGAGAGGGAGCGGCUGAAGGGCGAAUUGGCACAGGCUCUGUCAGAGAAGGGAGAGGUUGAAGCAGAGAGGGAGGCGCUGCAGCAAGCACUGGGACAGGCGCAGGCAGAGACGAAUCAACUUGAAGCCGAGAGGGAGCAGCUGCAGGCAGGUAUCGGCGAAUGCGAGAGAGAAAUUGGCCAGUUGAAGUCUGAGAAUGAGGCCCUAGAUGCGGCUAAGAAGGGGCUGGAGGGAGCCCUGGGGCAGGCGCAGACAAAGGUGGGGCAAUUUGAAGCGGAGAGGGAGCAGAUGGAAGCAGGUAUCGGCGAGUUGGAGAAGGAAAUUGGCCAGUGGAGGGCGGAGGGUGCAGCUUUGGCUGCAGCGAAGGGGGCUCUGGAGGAGGAGCGGGUGGUGCUGCUGGCUGGUGCGGCUGAAAUGAAGGCAGAAAUCGAGCAGCUGAGAACCGAAGGAGCAGCUUUGGCUGCAGCGAAGGGGGCUUUGGAGGAAGAGCGAGUGUUGCUGCUGGCUGGUGCGGCUGAGAUGGAGGGAGAAAUCGAGCGGGUGAACUCUGAGAAUGAGGUUUUGAGUGCGGGUAAGGAGCAGUUGGAGGGAGAGAGGGAGAGUUUGCUUGCUGAAAGAGAGAGUGUGCUGGCUGAGAGGGAGGGUCUGCUUGCUGAUAAGGCUGGGCUGGAGAAGGAUAAGGACGGACUACUCGAGGAGCGGGAGGUGCUUCAGCAGGAGAAGGGUGAUUUGGAGGAGAGGGUGGUAGCCCUGGCAGGUGAAAGGGAUGGGCUGACGGUCAAGGUGGGGGAAUUGGAAGCCGAGAGGGCUCGUCUGGUGGAAAAAAAUGCAGGUUUGAAUGGGGAGAAGGAGGCGCUGAUGGGUGAAAAGGAAGCUUUGAUUGUGCAGCACAGGGAGCUGGAAGGUGCGAAGGCUGGUUUGAUGGGGCAGGUUGCAGGUUUGAGGGGAGAAAAGGAGGCGUUGCUGGUUGAAAAGGCAGAGUUGGUGGAAUGGAAGUCAACAGUGGAAGCUGAGAGGGAUGGGAUGCAGGUGAAGGUAGGGGAGCUUGAGGCUGAGAGGGAUGGGCUGAAAGUACAGAUGGGGGAACUGGAGGUUGAGAGGGAAGAGCUGAUGGUGAAGCACAGGGAGCUUGAAGGUGAGAGGAUUCGCUUGAUAGAGCAGAUCGAGGAUUUGAACAGAGAGAAGGAUGUGCUGAUGGUCGAGAGGGAGGAGUUGGUGGAGGAGAAGGCAGCUUCGGAAGCUGAGAGGGGUCGUAUGAAGGUACAGAUACGGGAGAUGGAGGUCGAGAGGGCGGGACUUGUGGAGCAGAUCAGGUGCUUGCAGUCAGUGAAGGAGGCGCUAAUGGGCGAAAAGGAGGAGCUGGUGAGGGAGAAGGAAGCAGUAGAGGCUGAGAGGGAUGGGCUGAAGGUGAAGCAAGGGGAGGUUGAAGCUGAGAGGGCUGUUCUUGUGGAGCAGAUUGGGUGCUUGCAGGCAGAGAAGGGGGUGCUGGAGGGGACAGUGGGACGGCUGCAAGGGGAAUGGACAGCGCUUCGAGGACAGCUUGAUUCGUUACAAGGGGAGCAUGACUCGUUACAGGGAGAGUUUGAUUCGCUGCAAGGGGAGUUCAGUGCAGUGCAGGAGGAGAAGGUGGGCGUGGAAGCGGAGAGGGCAGAGCUGCAAGACAAGGCUCGUGCUCUGGAGGAGAGGCGAGCCGAUUUGGAAGGAGAGAAGGCCGUUUUGGAGGGAGAGAAGGCCGUUUUGGAGGGAGAGAAGGCCGUUUUGGAGGGAGAGAAGGCCAUUUUGGAAGACGUGGUGCAAGGUCUGAGAAGCGAGAAGGAGUCAGUUGAGAGUGCUAACUGCGAGCUCAAAGACUCGUUGAGCGAGAGCAGGAGCACUGUGCUGCAGCUAGAGAAUGCGCUGGAGGAGAGGGAGGGUGCUGUGAGGAGGUUGGAGGGAACUGUGCAGCAGCUAGAGCAGACAGUGAAGGAGAGAGAGGGCGCUAAUUGCGAGCUCAAAGCAUUGCUGAGCGAGAGUAGGAGCACUGUGGCGCAGCUAGAGAAUGCACUGGAGGAGCGGGAGGGUGCUGUGAGGGCUUUGGAGGGCACAGUGCAGCAGCUGGAGCAGAAAUUGGAGGGCGCUAAUUGCGAGCUUGAGGCCUUGGUGGAGGAGAGUAGAAGUGCUGUUCAGCAGCUGAAGGAGACGUUGGAGGAGAGGGAGGGCGCUGUGAGGAGGUUAGAGGGCGCUGUGCAGCAGCUAGAGCAGACGUUGGAGGAAAGGGAGGGUGCUAACUGCGAGCUUAAGGCGUUGGUGGAGGAGAGUAGGAGCACUGUGCAGCAGCUGAAUCAUGCUUUAGAGGAGAGGGAGGGUGCUGUGAGGAGGCUGGAAGGGACUGUGCAGCAGCUAGAGCAGAAAUUGGAGGAGAAGGAGGGUGCUAACUGCGAGCUUGAGGCGUUGGUGCUGGAGGGUAGGAGCACUGUGCAGCAGCUGAAGCAUGCACUGGAAGAGAAGGAGGGUGUUGUGAGGAGGUUGGAAGGGGCAGUGGAGGAACUGGAGGGGGAGCGGAAGGCAGGAGAGGAGGAGGUGAGUUCGAUGAAGGUGGAGCGAUCAGAGCUAGAGGCUUCCCUGCUGCGACUACAAGUGCGACAGGUGGAGCUGGAAAGUCGCCUGCAGGAGAUGAAAGGAGAGAAGGAGAAGUUUGAAUCACGGCUGCAGGAGGCACAGCAGGAGCAGCAGGAGAUGCAGCAGCAGAUGCAGGGGAAGGAGGAGGAGAUGAGAGGCUUGCAGGAGGAUUGGACACGGGUGGAGCAGCGAUGGGAUGCGGAGAUGAGGGAGAAGGAAGCUGCGUGGAAGGAGCUGGAGGGGAGGCUGAGGGGAGAGGUAGCAGAGAGGGAGGGGCAAGUGGGGAGGCUGAAUGGGCUCGUGGAGGGACUGGAGGGGCAGAUGAAAAAGGAGAGAGAGCGUGUUUUGGCUCUGACUGGACAAGUGAAUGAGCUUUUGGAGGUGAAGGGGCAGUUGGACGAGCAGAGGGAAGGGGUUGUGAGGGAGAAGGAGCAGCUGGGAGAGCGAUGUAGUUUUGCAGAGGCAGCAGCAGAUGGAGCAGCAAAGAUGUGCGGAGUGAUUUCCGAGGCGCCAUCACAAAGCCACUCAAAUUGCCUUGUCGUGCGCUCUCCUCUGCUUCCCUUGUUCUUUCAGGUGGAUGGCCUGGAGCAAAGGCAGCAGGAGAUGGAGCAGAGGAUUCAAAGGGAGAAGGAGCAGCUGCAGGAGAGCCAGAAGCAGCUUCAGGCUAUGGAGAAUCAGCUUAUGGACAUGGAGAAGCAGAUGAAGGUUGCUGAGCAGCAGCUUCGGGCCGAACGCGAAAGGAUGGCUUGGGAGCAACGGCUAAUUUCCCAGGCCUUGUUUGACGCCAACCUGGAGCUCAUGCACCGAUCAAAGGGAUCCUCAUAA